AUGGUUAUAGGUAUAAUGGGCAACGUAUCAGUCGACGGAAUUCCUAGCGGAAUAGAUACGGACAAAAACAGUGGCACACAGCAAUCUUCACGAUCACCAUUACGGGCUGAUGAUGGAAUUAUGUUAUCGACAUCCUCACCUUCGUCUGAUCAUAAUGACUCGCAGUCGCCAACAACGGCUGCUGCUGGUCGUCAAUUAUUGUCCAAUAUAACACACCGUACAAGCUUCGACACUCCUAUUCGUCGUAUUAUUUCACAUGAGCAUUCUUACGAGAAUUCAAAAACAACGUUAUCUAAACAUCGAAAAAGAUUUAAAAAAACUGACGAUGAAAUCAAUUCAAUUAUUGAAGUGGAAAAGAAGAAAUUACAUAUUCAAGAAUUGUCAUUGGUAGCUGAACAUAAUCGUACAGCAUCACUACACAGCAUUGCAUGCAGUUUACAACAAUUGGUAUCAUUAAUCAAAUUAAGUACACAAUUACAAGGUGAUGCAUUGAAAUUACCACGUUCAACGACAGAUUUACCAAGUGUCAAUGAUAUAUCAGCACUAUUAAAUCAAGAUUUAUUUGCACCGGAUUCAUCUAUAGAUGAACCUCAUUAUCAUCAAUUAGAUUAA